UGCGAAACGCCGACGGGUGCGCCCCGUCAGUCAUUAUCGCGAUUCGAACUGGAGCGACCGCUCCAUAUUACUUAAUACCGUUGUAUAUUUGUCGCGACUAAUUAUACGCCCUGUUCUAGAUCCGGGCUCUUCGAUUUGUCGUCUGUGCGCCAACCUGCUAAACGCGCGCGCGUUUCCCUCUUGAAAUUUCAGCGAUGCGACUGCCUUCUCUUAUCUACGCUUAUUACCUCAUCGACCGAUAUUGCCUGCGGGAUUCCGAAAUAUGAGUCGUGGCUAACGAUCUACCAAACAUGUUACGGCUCAUGGUACUUCUGCUUCUGUGUAUCGCCGCUACUUACACGCCUGGCCGCUGCGAAGCAGGGGCAUCGCGAGAUGUCGAGCAUGCGAGACUGCCAGAGUUCCUCACGGAAUUGGACCUGUCGAGUCUCGAGGCAUCCGAGGAAGACGUCGAAGCGCUGAAGAAAAUCGUGAAAAGGCUGGCGCCCGAAAAGAACGGCGAGUACCAAGUUUACCAAGUCUUCUUCGGUAACGAGGACCUCCUCAAGGAGUGGCUCAAAGGAGCGGGCGUGACGGGACAGCCCGGGGUAGAUUAUCCAGCCCUCACGUCGAUUCCAGCCACUUCAUUCAGCUGUCGCGGCCUGAGAGGGGGAUAUUACGCGGAUUUAGAAACAAAUUGCCAAGUAUUCCACAUCUGCGACAAUGGACGCAAGAUCUCGUUUCUGUGUCCCAAUGGCACGAUCUUCCAGCAGUCGCAACUUAUAUGCGACUGGUGGUUCAAGGUGGACUGCAGCAAGUCCACGGAGUUGUAUGAGCAGAGCGCUGAGCAGCUGGCCGAGGAAGAGAAGAAGCGUGCGGAAGCGAGAAAGAUGAAGUCCGAGUUUCAUCGCGCGGCGGAGCAGCAAGGUAACACGGAUUACUACGAGAGUGUCGACUACGACGGCAGGCAGAACGGCAGAACGAAUCCGUACGGUCAGUCCGCCGCCAAGCAGAAUCAAAUUCCGGAAAGACAGGCUGAAAUCAAGUCCAACCAACACUUCGGGCCGAACAACGUUUUCGACAACACUCGUGGUUCUGGUCGCUAUUACCAGGACAACAAUGCGAACGCGUUACUGACUAACGAGAAGACGAGCCAGGCGCCUGAGAGCUUCGACCAGCCGCCGAAACAGCGACAAUAUUACGACGGGUCGAAUUAUCAGGUCAGCAGGCAGAGGAAUCAACUGGAUGCGCAGAGCGGCAAAUUCAAUUACGAGCACAACAAGUUCCAGGAUAGCCGGCAGAACUAUCAGACCAACACGCAGGAUCAUUAUCAGUCUAAUCAAAACACACCGCGCAGCAACGAGAAGCCGGCGUUCGGUAACUCGAAGUCGCGAACCUCGACGCGAAACAAUCUGUUCAGUUCCAACCAGUCGCAAAAAGCUACGCCGACGUACAUGGAGACGACGACUUUUAGAACGACAACCUCGGCGCCUCCGAGAGAGUACCAGCAGUUCGCGGAGAGCGCUGCCUUCGUAUCUAAUCGUGGAAAUCGCUUCAACUCUGCCAAGUCAGAGAACAAUCGUCAGUAUUAUUAUCAUUCGUACGACUAUCGAGAUCGCACCACGGUUGACUACCGCGGUCAAGAGACGACCACCGUGACGCCGCAGAAGAACGAAGAGACGGUGUCCUUCACGCCGAAAACGGGCGUUCCGCCGUUCCCCGGGCCCACGUUCACUCCUAUUUACAAGCCCAGGACAACGACAUUACCACCUUACGAAACAACGUUGCAGUACACGCCGACCACCGAGACGUCUUACUACAGCACUCCCUACUACAAGCAAGACGAUACUCCGGAAACUACUACGUACGCCAAUGCCGACGCCACGACCGUCACCUCGUCUUCCUCUGUAGAGGAGUACCCGACUACGUCCUUCACCACGCGGAGCGAUUUACGGACUCCUCCGGCCAUAGGCAGAGUGCCACCGGCCCCCGCGAAUUAUCAAACUCAGCAGUACGUUGACAAUAGGGUGACCGAACAGAGAGACACCGAUACCUCUUUCGCGACUACGCGUCCGUACGUGAAUACCGAGAGCUAUCGACACAACGUCGCUAACGUCACUUCCACCGCCAGUCAGGACGUGCCUCCGUCGACGACGCCGUUUUACGAAGACUCUCGUGGUCAAACCCACGGCAGUUAUCAAAACGGAAAUAGCAUCGCGAAUCUCGAGAGCAAAGGCACAACGGUGGACCCUUGGCGCGCGACUUUGCAAAGCUUCCAGCAAAAUUCGAUCAGCUCGACGGAGAAGCCGUGGAGAAGCACCAACGCUUAUCAGCAGAGCAGCUCCACCAGCAAGACCUUGAGCCCUUACGACACCAGUUUUACUUACAAACAGGGGAAAGUGCUGUCCACUUUAGGCCCGUAUAUACCUUUCACCAAAAACUAUGUUUAUUCCACGAUGACCACCACUCCGACGCCGAAACCGCCGACCACCGUGCCGGUAUAUAACCCCACCCUGACAAAUUAUCGCAUAACCGCGAGCAAUCUGAUACCCAAAGUGAAAUUGUCGCCUCCGGUGACGAGCAAGCCCAAGGACAGAGCGACCUAUUUACCCGAGCCUAGCACCAAACCAUCAACGACUUUGGAGGACAGACCGUAUGCCGAACGAGAACACGCGCUCAGCAUGCUGCACUCUCUUCAAGGUCUAGAAAAUAACGUGGAAAGUUUGAGCGAGAUCGGCGCAAAGGACGGAAACGGUCGAAACGGGCCCUCCGCGCCCGGCCCGUCCACCUUGCACUCGUUGGCUCUGUAUUUCGCCACGGCCGGCGACAAUCUUGGCUCCAACGAAACCGUCGAGUCCACCGCGAGUGUCGAGGAAGUCGAGGAUAGGGAAGGCAGUCACAAGGAGUCCGUCGAAUUACCGACCAGCAUUCUUACACAGCACACUAUCUCCUCGUACGUCGAGCUGUUCAAUCUGAACAAUGCGCUCGAGGGAAACGCCACGAUGGCCGAGCUCACGUCGGAAGGCGAUGACGUUGGCGGCGAGGUGGACGACGAUCUAGAGAUCGAGCAGAGCGAGGGUCCGGUGAACGGCGCGAAGAGAUCGAACAACACCAAGCUGCGCGAACUGGCCCAGGUUUUCACUCACGCUUUGUCGGCGUAUCUACAGGAUCCGGAUACCUUUAAGAAAGUGCUCACGGAGAUUAGACCGACGCAACCUCCGGUAACAACCGCCGAUGGCGGUCAGUACGAAAUAACGACGUUAUAUCCGACCACUGCGGAAGAAUACGCUUCGGUGACGAAGGAGAAGGAUGAGGUCCUGGAUUUUUCGGACGAUGCCGACGUUACCAGAAGACGCAAGCCCUCUACCAUAUUCCCUACCACCUUACAGCCGCCCGUCGCCACCGAUAGAUCGUACUCGACUUACUAUACGACGCCAUUUGAUGAGUAUUACACGACUUCGGAGAGCCAGACGCGAAGGCCAGUUUACUAUCCGAGCACGACGUUGUUACCGCCCAGCGUUUCGUCGUACGAUUCAAGGGAUUACGUUGAAUCGUCGACACAGAGUGGUAAUACGUUUGCCUUUGAGGUGAAUCGCGUUUUUACUACCACGAUGAACGACAUUCAAAAUUACGACGGCGAUACGAGAGAUUCGACUGAUCUGUCGCUGGUCUACGACAAUUAUUUCCCAUUGGACGAGGACGGAAAUCGAAAUAAGAUCGGCGGCUUCCAGAAUAACACGGCGGGGACCUUUCAACCUUACGGUAAAAACGUCCAACCGGACGGCGCUACGCCCAUAAGCAACUACGUGGCGUCGUCGACGGUGGCGUCCUUUUCGAAUUCUAGGCCAGGAACAACCCCACCCAGCUGGGGUAAGGGCUCAGCUGGCGAGAAACCCGUUCAAAAUCUCACACCGCCGCAUUAUCAUCGUUUCGGUAAUGUGAAGAGUUUCGAGGUGUCGAACAGCAUCCUGCCGAAUCAGGCGGUGCGCUCGACGACGCCCUUGUCGAGAAACAAGCCCACCUACGAGACCGCCAGCAGUACCGUUCAGCCCUUCAGGAUACGCUACUACGAAUCAACGACAGCGCCGUCCGAAUCUCUCGCCACGGCUCGUAGUACGUACGCCAAGUACAGGAACAGUUACAAGCUGGAAAGCAAUCGUAUAGAAGGUACUCGCAAGCCCGCGACGACAACGGUGGCGACGACUAUUCGGGACGACGUUGAGACACUAGAUCCUGUCACCGUAACCGUCAGCGACGUUACCCCGUAUACCGCCACCGUUAUUCGCGCCACCCCCAGCAAGCCGGCGAACGCGUCGACCACGAGACACUCAAACCUACUGAACAACGAUCAUUGGACCUCCUCGCCCAUGGUCACUCAGCUCUGGGAGACAACGGUGUUCGUAGAUCCCCGGCACAUCAAUCACGGCCUAGAGUCGAACGUCGGCACCACUCAGUCGCCCGACACAACCGGUAACGCCAUCAACGAAGAGUCGGCACCCACCGUGGCGGCGAGCACCGCGAGAUCACCGACGUUGUCCGCAGUGGAUCUCGACGUGACGACAGAACCACGGACCACCAGCACACCGAGUCCUUGGCAAUGGGCGACGAGCGACAACGAUCCGCCCGUGACAUUCACUCUGCUGCCGACGACCUUCGCCGCGGAGAACACGGCGACACCGACUCCGAUCAUCACAACGCGGUCCAGUAUAACGACCACGAUUACCUCCUCGGUGACGUCGACCAAUGCCGCCUCCCGAGACAACCUGUCGUCCACUCUGCUGCCUCUUGCGACGGGCAGCGCGUUGAAUACCACCGAGAACGAAGUGAUCAAGGCACACGAGAUGUUUGGCAAUCUGAAUGAGACGAGCUCGAACACGUUGAUGCGAGUGAUGAAGCAGGCCGACAGCAACGCGACGGUCAGGCAGUUGGUACUGUUGCUGAUAAAUCAUUGCAACGGACCCAGAAACAAGACGAUGGAGCAGGAGAAGGAGCAACUGAUAGACGCUCUUCUCAGACUGCCCGUUAACGAGUUCAGCUCGGAGGAAUCGCGAGAAAUCAUCGCCGGCAUCAACAGACUUAAUAUUCCGAUUUCUAAACUACGAACGGUUGCUUUGUCGAAUUCCACGACGAUAAGAACUCCUCGAGCGUCAACCGUGAGACCCACGCCGUCUGCACCAUCCAUUACUACGUUUCGCAGUAGAACGGGACGAAAAUUCCGUACGACUACCGAGAGUGCCAGCGUCCUUGCCAGAAGAUCGGACGACGCUGUCUCGGAGACGAAUAAUUCCUUAUCGGAGAACGAGGCCACCGCUUCUGACAGCCGAGCCCUCGAGCUCCUCAGGUCGCUCUACACAAUAGCUGCUAAGUGGGGCUGAGAAGCCGCAUAAUCGACGACCGAUCGGAACUACGCGCGCGUCGGAAGACUCGCGAGAUGAAGAUCUCGCUGGAGUACCAGAAGACGUUCACCUGUCGAUACGUCGGAGUGGAUCGUUGCUGUCACCCAUCACCGUGUCACUCCGCCUAGCUUAAAUUCGAGGGUUCAAGCUCCGAACGGCGAAUCGAUUUUGAUCUCGGCCCAUGAAUCGACGCCCAUGAACAAAUAGGAAUCCGCUCUGCGAGUGUUUCUUGGAGGAAGAGAGAGAGAGACAUGUAGUGCAUCGUACUUCUUGUCGAAUACCAUUAUACGAAGUCGACAACGUUCAAUUAUUAUUGGUUCUGGAAUGCUAACAUUAUUAAACUUGGCUGUUGUACUACUACAUUUGCAUACAGUGCUCGGAAAAUUAGAGCUGAAGAUUGGCUUCUUCGAACUUGGAUGGGUAACGCUGCUACGAAGUUCGAUUUAACUUGGGGCCGAGAUUGACAUCUGCGCUCGCGGAUAUUAAGCAGGGUCGCGUAACGAUCGAUCUCGGUAAUGUAAAUCCGAGCCGCGGCUGCUUGAUACCCGCGACCUGAGCGUAACUCGUGUCGGUUAAUAUGCGGAGUCCCGAUCGAUCAUCGAUCGACAAGAUUGCAAUAUAAAAAUUAACCGGCUGUAGUCCGACGUUAAGAUUAUAUAUUGCUCGCCGUCCUUUUUAUUAAGAAUAAAACAUCGAUCGCCUCGAAAUAUCGGCAACUAUUACUUGAAGAAAAAAAGAAAACGCCUGCCAUACUUCGUCCCUCCUGUUCAGCGACUUUGCGUGAACGGUACACUCAACUUUUUAUUCUCUCUUCUCUAUAAUCAAAGAAGUUUGCACAUAUUAAGCAAGGUAAUUUUAUAUAUUUCACUUAUGUUUAUCGCGCAAUGAUGUAACAACAAGGUUUUUCUCCAAAUGUUUCUUUCUUAUAUAAUUUUUUAAGUCCUUAACUGGCUGUCGUGUAGUUACGUUGUACAAUUGUCCACACAUAUAUCUGUGCUUAGAGAAAUGGAUUUUGUUGGAAAACAAUUUGACAAAACUUUAUCUAAUCGUUUGAUUUAAAUCCCCUGGAUGUGUAGACAUUACGUAUUACGUAUUUGAGGUAAGAAGUGGAUUUUAAUCACUGAUGUAGAAUAUGAGGGAUCUUCUUUAAUACUUGUUUAACUUUAUAUUCCUAGUAUAUGUACACGUGUAAAACAGUGACUGUCCUGCAUGCCAACGUAAAAAGGGAGCGGACAUUUUGACACAUUCACGCUCCUCUCAUAGUGUUGCCAGGUACAUCGUCAAAUUGCAACUCGUCCUCGUUGAAUUGCAUGCAAAAUUGGCGGAAUGUGAUGGCACGUGGUGAAUUGCACCAUGUACGCUUAUGGUUAUCCGUACCGGUCGGACUCUACGCGACACAAUUUCAACCCUUUUCCCGCGUAUCUUCCCCUAACGAGGUCACUAUCGUCCUCUUUCGAAAUACGCGUUAAUUCCUGGGCGGUGUUAAUCUCUGCAGAAUUGAAAUUCGGCGGAACGUACGUUACGCGUCGUACGAACUUCCACGCAACCCAAAACUGGCCGUCGAACUAUUGUUCAGUAUUACAAAAAGACUCCCUAGGAGGGAUCCACCUGGUUCUUUUCCCGGCGGAUCACGUGAAAUUAUUUAUUCGCUUUCGCUGUGUUGCGAUUCCUACGUACCUACGGCUAACAGUAAGUUACUUAUAUCUUGAAAUUACGGUGUUGGUAACGUUUCUCUUUCGUUUGGGCAGUUUCGAGGUCGGCGAUGCGCUUCCGUUACGAUCCCGAAACGUCCAAAUGGGGUUUCUAGGUCAUUAUUUAAGUACGCGAUUUAGCGUGUAGCUGUGUAUCGACUUUAUGUAAUAUACCUUUGUACAGUAUGUGAAUAAAUAUAUACAGG